AUGGUGCUCCUGAAGUCGCCCACUGCAGAGAAGCAGCAAAUGCAGGACGUCCAGCCUCAAGAUCAGGACAGUCCAGUCAGUCCAUCAGCAGAUGAGAGUGCAUCACAUCUGCUGAGACAUCUGGACUGUGACGAGAUCACGAGGAACGAGGGGUUCCUUUUCAGAGCCACUCUGGUCCCAGAGCUGAAGGUCCUGCUGCUGCUGCUGCAACCCCCCUGGCUCCGCGGAACCGUGCGGGCGGUCAGUGUGAUCGGGCUGGCGAGCCCGGGGAUGGAGACAGGAUCUUACACUAUUCAGGGUCGGAGAGUGCAGGUGUACCAGCCAGAGUUUGGGGAGCCCUGGGCCCUGGGACUCGUAUCUCAGCAUGAUCCAGUUUCACACAUUAUGGAGAUUACCAUGGACCAGGUCCGUGUGAAAGGUGAAGAGACACAAGUCGUUGAUCCUCGGGUUAUUCAUGUGAUGCUUGCUGUGAAGCAGUUAGAGAAGAGCCCAGAUCGUCGCAAGAAGGAGGGUGAUGGUGGGAAAGGUGAGGGCAGUCGGCGGCGCAGGACAGCAUCUGAAGGAGAUGAAGACAUUACUCUGAAACGUUUCAAAGGAGCCGGAGAGGGCGCCUCUGACGGCCAGAAUGCCAAUGGCUCCAACAAGGAUGCUGAGGCUGUGGAGCACUCCCACAUAAGGAGCACAGGUUUUGUCAAGGAGAAUGGCAGUUUUGUCCCAAACCAAGAAAGAAUAUCAUCUUCAGUAUCAGCGGUGCUUCCUGCGUCCACUCCAACACCACCUCCAUUGAAGCCUGCCCCAUCGCCCUUUUCUAACACUUUUCCUUCUUUGGGUCAAAUGCCCAGCUUGGUUCCCGGGGCCCCUGCCCCGAAAUCAUCUUCCACACUCUCAGCAGCCGAGAGGGAGGAGGGAGGUGUCCUUUCAGGGUAUCCUAAAACAGCUGCCCUGGUGUCUCUAGGUCCUGUGACCAUUUCAUCACCUUCCCAAGACAACGCUUCAAGUGUGGCUCUUUCUGCUCCUGUAGAAGCAAACCUAAAGCCCAGUAAAUGGGGAUCAGCUCCAGAAGCAAGCAAGACCCCCAAGACCCCUGCUCUAGCUGCUGCAGGAUUUGGUAAACAGUCGAGUGAGGCAGUGUUUGGGGAUGUUCCCACACAGGCCAAUGGUUCUUCCCAGGAGGACAAGCCUUUUGGCUUUCCUUUUGGAGCUGCGAAGGAGUCACAGAGGCAGGACUCUGAUCCCUCACAGAACCUGUUCUUCCAAAUCAUGUCUCAGAACCAGAGUAUCACGCAAGGCCAGUCAAAGGCCUUCAAGUCAUUGUCCGAGUGCCUGAACAAGGAGCCGCCCAGCCUGUUCAAGCCUGCCGCUCCCUCCGAGGGUUUCAAAAAGGCGGUUGUAGCUUCUGCAUCCGCUGGACUGUUUGGUUCAGCACCUGCUAGUGGCCUGGCACCAAUGAAAGAGCCGCCAAAAGUGCCUGAUAUCAAGCCUGCAGGCAAUGGGAUCCUAAUGAACAAGCCUUUCGGAGCGGUGGGGGAGGCGCACAGCAAACUUCCAGCCGCUUUUCCAUCAGCCACAGGUCAAGCUGCGAGCUCUGCAGAGGCUCUGAAUCCCUCUUUGGGAUUAGGAACCAGCGGACUUGGAAGUGCCAGAAAUGUGAACAGCUCGAGCCCAGUCAGCAGUUUUGGUCUGCUGGCUGGCAACAAGGUUUCAGAAACUCACGAGAACCUUUUCCUACAGGCCACGAAGGAAACAAAUCCAUUUCUUGCUUACGGCGGAGCUGUUUCGCACAGCCCUUUUAGUGCAUUGUCAACUCCCAAGUCGUCAUCUGCGCUGUCCGCGUCUGCUGUCUCACCUUCAGGCAGCUCCGGUCUACUUGGUCAAGAUCCUCCUGGUGGUGAUGCCAAACCAAAUCUGUUCACCAUGGCAGAACCUCCUAAGGGAAUCUUAGCCCCCCAAUUCCCUGCUCCUGCUCUCACGACCACUCCAUCAUUCACUUCGGCUGCCCAGGAUGGACAACAAACGUCCAAACCAGACAAAGAGGGUUCAGAUGGCAGCCCGGGAACUCGCCUCGACACCGAAGGCCAAGAUGUGGCUAUGCCUUUCGACCAAACCAAGUUUUCUUUGGAGGAACGCAGUCAGUCCAUCAAAAGAGAUUCAGAGUCCAGUAGCAACAGUGACCUGUCUGAUUUGAGCGAGGGGGAGGACAACUCCGGCCAGAGCCAGAAACCUGUGGUUUCCUCAGCCAUUGAGGAUAAGAACAAGACCCAGCCUGUGGCUAAGAGCCGGCCACGGAGCAAACCCAUCAAAGUGGGACAGUCUGUGUUGAAGGACCAGAAUAAGGUUCGGCGCUUGAAGCAGUCCGGAGAGUCCUUUCUGCAAGACGGCUCCUGCAUUAACGUGGCGCCACACCUGCACAAAUGCCGCGAGUGUCGUCUGGAGCGCUACAGGAAAUCCCGCGAGGAUGAGGACGAUGAUGAUGACCCAAACGUGGCCUGCCGAUUCUUCCACUUUCGCAGGCUGGCUUUCACUAAGAAGGGAGUCCUUCGCGUGGAAGGCUUUCUGAGCCCGCAGCAGAGUGACAGCAUGGCAAUGGGGCUGUGGCUCCCCUCCCUCACAGCACAGGAAGGACUUGACCUGGACACGUCCAAAUAUAUUUUAGCAAACGUGGGUGACCAGUUUUGCCAACUGGUCAUGUCAGAGAAAGAGGCCAUGAUGAUGAUAGAGCCCCAUCAAAAAGUGGCAUGGAAGCGUGCUGUGAGGGGAGUGAGAGAAAUGUGCGACGUGUGUGAGACAACGCUGUUCAACAUCCACUGGGUGUGUCGCAAAUGCGGCUUCGGCGUUUGUCUCGACUGCUACCGGCUACGCAAGAACAGGCCACCUGAAGACGAGAGUCCUGAAGAAGACGUGUUCUCAUGGCUGAAGUGUGCUAAAGGCCAGCCACACGAACCACAGAACCUCAUGCCCACUCAAAUUAUACCUGGCACAGCCUUAUACAGCAUAGGUGACAUGGUACACGCAGCCAGAGGUAAAUGGGGGAUCAAAGCGAACUGCCCCUGCACUAGUCGACAUAGCAAACCCUUGGUGCGGCCCAGUGCUCCAAACGGCCUUUCACAGUCGGGUGCGGCUAACAGUGUGGGGAAUGGAGCCACUUCCACUUCAGCCACAACCCGUCCAAAUGGGGAACCUGCAGCGGGUGCAGUAGUCAAAACAGAGCCUGUUGAAGAGGCGGGCAGUGCUGACACAACGUCAGGCACCAGUGGGACAAACAGCAGCACUUCUAUCCCUGCUCCCGUCCUCACACCAGCUGCGAAAGAUGGCAAGGGCAGUUCCUCAGCCCUUCACUGGCUGGCUGACCUGGCCACACAAAAGGAGCCCAAAGAGUCUCUGCGCUCUGUGAUGGGUCGUGACUCUCGUACUCCAUUUGGUCUGGACUCCUUCGGCACCCUUUCCAAACACUCAGGGUCUAGUCCCAAGCUCUUCAAUAGUCUGCUGCUGGGUGCUGGCCCUUCCCAACCCAAAGCAGAGGGCACUAGUCUCCGAGAUCUGCUGAACUCUGGCCCCGGAAAGCUCCCGCAAGGUCCCGCCGAGGGAGGUGUUCCCUUCCCUUCAGUGUUCUCCACUGCUGGUCAGGCAGAUAAAAUGAAGGGAGGACUUCCUAACUUCUUGGAUCAUAUCAUUGCAUCAGUGGUGGAGACGAAGAUGGCAGAGGGUCGACGUUCGUCAGGGUCAGCAGAAGGCGGCGAGUCAGGGGCUGUUCCUCGCAGAGAGGGCUUGAUGGGUCUCAGUGUAUUAGACCCCCACACUUCCCACUCCUGGCUGUGCGAUGGCCGUUUGCUCUGCCUGCAGGACCCCAGCAACAGCAACAACUGGAAGAUCUUCAGAGAGUGCUGGAAACAAGGACAGCCUGUGCUGGUCUCGGGCAUACACAAGAAGCUGAAGGAAAAGUUAUGGAAGCCAGAGUCCUUCAGCCAGGAGUUUGGAGACCAGGAUGUGGACCUGGUCAACUGUAGGAACUGCGCCAUCAUCUCUGAUGUUAAAGUCCGAGACUUCUGGGAUGGCUUCCAGGUUAUUUCCAAGCGUUUGCAGGGUGGAGAUGGCCAACCAAUGGUACUAAAACUUAAAGACUGGCCUCCUGGAGAAGAUUUCAGAGACAUGAUGCCCACUCGGUUUGAUGAUCUCAUGGAGAACCUUCCUCUGCCAGAGUACACAAAGAGAGAUGGCCGGCUCAACUUGGCCUCUCGUCUUCCAAACUUCUUCGUUCGGCCAGAUCUGGGUCCUAAAAUGUACAAUGCUUAUGGUCUGAUCUACACAGAAGACAGGAAGGUUGGCACCACUAACCUGCAUCUGGAUGUAUCCGAUGCAGUCAACGUAAUGGUGUAUGUGGGCAUCCCAGAAGGAGACGGUGACCAUGAAAACAAAGCAGACCGCGCUGGAUUCAAAGAGGUGAUGCAGACCAUUGAAGAGGGAGAUGUGGAUGACGUGACUAAGAGAAGAGUCUAUGAGGCAAAGGAGAAACCUGGAGCUCUCUGGCACAUCUACGCCGCCAAAGACGCGGAGAAGAUCCGUGAGCUCCUGCGAAAGGUUGGAGAGGAACAAGGUCAGGAGAACCCACCAGACCAUGAUCCAAUCCACGACCAGAGCUGGUACCUGGAUCAGACGCUGCGUCGCAGGCUGUACGAGGAGUACGGAGUCCAGGGCUGGUCCAUUGUGCAGUUUUUGGGAGAUGCUGUGUUCAUCCCAGCUGGAGCGCCACAUCAGGUGCACAACCUGUACAGCUGUAUCAAGGUCGCAGAGGACUUUGUUUCUCCCGAACAUGUGAAGCACUGUUUUAGACUGACGCAGGAGUUCCGCCACCUUUCCACCACUCACACUAACCACGAGGACAAGCUACAGGUGAAGAACAUCAUCUACCAUGCCGUGAAGGAUGCUGUGGGAACAUUAAAAGCCCAUGAGCCUAAACUAGGCCGCUCUUAGUUGUUGAACUGGUGGUGGAGAAGUCACCGAGAGAUUGGGUCUCGGGGUGGGUGAGAUUUGGGUUUGGAUGAGGCCAGUGUGCUUGCAAAACUAGCUGUUUAUAAUGGAACGUCUCAGCGUUUUGGUAGGAUGAAGAUGCCGCUUCAUCAGUGUUACAAGAGCAUUGUUUAGUUUUACAAUCCUUUUCUCUGUAUUUAAAAAGUCUGUUCUUUUCUCAGCGUUUAAAAUGUGUUGGACUGUUCAGAGAGCUGGUGAUAUAAGCUGACAUGAAUCUUUUAAGGCCUACAACAAGGUUUCUUUAUGACUUCUGUGAAAAACAUGAGCACUGGGUUUCCUUCUUAGAGAGCAUUAAUUUUGUGCUCUUCAAUGAAGAAGAGCUUUUAGUUCAGAUGGGGGUCAACAGUAAUUAAAAUGAUUAAAAGAUUCCCGCCAACUUUUUCAGGAGAGGUGGAUAAGAGCAUGGAAGGGAACUAGACCAAAGUUUUUUAUUUUUAGUUUUAAGUUCCUGUUUUUGUUUUUUUGUCUUUUUGAUGAAAACAUGUUCUUUGCUUUUUUUGUAAUAUGCCAUUUAGGUAAUAUUUCACUGACAGCAAGUGUUAGACUGGCUUUGAGGAACGUCAUUCAAGAAUCAACAAUUCCAGUUCUGCAGAACUACUGGUCGUUAAUAUGUACCAAUAUAUAUAUUGAUCUUAGCAGUGCGAAUGAUUUUUUUUUCUUCUCCCAAAAUAAAGGUUUUCAAGAAAUGAUUUGGCCCUGUUGUUUGGAAAUUACACAAUGAAUUUCUUAGCUAUCUAUUUGUUUAAUGCUUACUAUUUUAUUUUAUAAGACAUUUUGUGGUUCAUGGAUGACAUUGCAAUAAACUAA